CACCCCCACUGCCCACACACCUUCUUCAGUUCUGCUCCACCCCAGCAUCAACCUUGUUAUAUUCUCUUCUUCUUCUUCUUCUUCAUUCUCAGCUGCUCUUCUUCUUCUUCUUCUUUCUACAAUGGGCAACCUUGUGCUUCACUUGGUUGCCAAUCUCUUCUUCUGGUCAUUCUUCUUCACUUCUUGCCUUGUUGGAGUUUGCUGCCAGAGCAAUGGAGUUGGAAGAGGAGGUGGUGUUGGAUCUGGUGAAGGGGUGGUAUCAGUGAAUGGUGUGUCAGCCAUUGGAAGGACUGACCCUGACUUUGUUUGUGCCACUCUUGACUGGUGGCCUCCAGAGAAGUGUGACUAUGGCACUUGCAGCUGGGGCCUUGCUUCUCUGCUCAAUCUGAAUCUUUCAAGCAACAUUUUUUUAAAUGCUGUCAAAGCAUUUUCUCCGCUUAAAAUUCGUCUAGGCGGUUCCUUGCAAGAUAAGGUCAUAUAUGGCACCAGAGACUCUGGACAACCUUGUAUUCCAUUCGUUUAUAAUAGUUCAGAGAUGUUUGGAUUCUCGCAAGGUUGUUUACCGAUGUCUAGAUGGGAUCAACUCAAUGAAUUCUUCAAGAAAUCUGGGGCGGUGAUCAUCUUCGGAUUGAAUGCACUAAAUGGAAGAGUACCAAUGCCGGAUGGCUCACUAGGAGGACCUUGGAAUUCAACCAAUGCUGCUAGUCUUAUUCGUUAUACCGUCAACAAGGGUUACACAAUUCAUGGCUGGGAGCUUGGAAAUGAAUUAAGUGGGGGUGGAGUUGGGGCUAGAAUUGAUGCAGAUCAAUACGCAGCCGACACUAUUUCACUCAAGUCAAUUGUCAAUGAAAUCUAUCAAGGUUUCCCUGAUAAGCCAUUAAUUCUUGCUCCCGGGGGUUUCUUCGAUGCGAAUUGGUUCACCGAGUUCAUCAGUAAAACAAAGCCUCACUCACUGGAUGUGAUCACACACCACAUAUAUAACCUUGGUCCAGGGGUUGACACUCAUUUAAUCGAGAAGAUUCUCGACCCCUCAUAUCUUGAUGGUGAGGCAUCAUACUUUAGUAAUCUGCAGAGCAUCCUGACAAGCUCCGGAACAUCAACAACAGCCUGGGUAGGCGAAGCUGGAGGGGCUUACAACAGUGGCCACAAUCUCGUCACAAAUGCAUUUGUUUUCAGCUUCUGGUACUUGGAUCAACUCGGCAUGUCAUCUUCAUAUGACACCAAGACUUACUGCAGACAAACCUUAAUAGGUGGAAACUACGGCCUACUCAACACCAUCACCUACAAACCGAAUCCAGAUUACUACAGUGCACUUUUAUGGCAUCGUUUGAUGGGGCAAAAUGUUCUAUCAACGAGCUUCAAAGGGUCGAAGAAGAUAAGAGCAUAUGCUCACUGUGCAAGAGACUCACAAGGGAUAACUGUGCUCUUGAUCAACCUUGAUGGCAACACCACAACACAAGUCUAUGUUACUUCUGAAAGUGCAUAUACCUUUUCGGUUACUUCAAAGAAUAGCAAACCAAGAACAAGGUUUCAUCAUAUUCCCGGGCUCCGGGGAAGUAUAGGAUAUACAAGAGAUGAGUACCAUCUAACAGCAAAGGAUGGGAACUUGCAGAGUCAAACUAUGCUUCUGAAUAACAAUGCAUUGGAGGUGGAUUCAAAUGGGAACAUCCCUCCAUUGGAGCCAAUUGAAGUUAGCCUGGCUCAACCUGUGACUGUAGCACCAUAUUCAAUUGUGUUUGUUCAUAUCCCUCUCUUCUAUGCUCCUGCAUGCAGGUAGAAGUGUAGAACUAGAAGUGUGAUUUGUUGUCAUUGUUUUUCUAUUUGUGAGCUUCUGGGAUGGACUGCAAAGUGGUCCUUCCUAAGUAUUGCUUUUGUGAUAAUUUAAGAAACCUGGGUUGAGGGGUUUUUUUAAAAAAAAUGGAAAAAAUGGAAACUAAUAAAAUUUGAUUUUUUUAUUAUUUA